GGGAAACCCUCUACCUUGCGCAUGUGCCUGGGCGGGAGUGAUGACGGAGCGCGAUGGCGGCGGCGAACUGCUCUCUCCGUGUGGACAGGCGAUUGAUCGACGCCAACUUCGACAGUUACCGGCUGUCGCUGGAGCCGCUGCCCACCUACGCUGUGGAGCUGGAUGGCGCUGUAGCCGAGGUGAAACUGCGAGAGGACCAGUAUACUUUGGACCAUAUGCGUGUUUUUGGCAUGUACAAUUAUCUGCACUGUGAUAGGUGGUAUCAAGAUAGUGUCUAUUAUGUUGAUCAACAUGAGAGAGUAAUGCACUUGGCUGUCACGUUGGAUACAGCAAUUAGCAAGCCCAGGGAGGUGUUCCGGCUCUCAGCAGAAAUUAAAUCAUGUGACACCUUGGUCUGUGCUUCGAUGCAUUUUACAUCACCUACAUGGGCAGCCUUGUCAGAUGGAACAGGAAGGCUGUACCUUCUCAAAACAAACAAUCGUGGACCAAAUAACACUGACAAAUGGGAGAUAAUGUUCCAACAAGAACUGGGAGAACCCUUUGUGAUAAUCCAUAGUCAUUCAUUUGUAAAAGACAACACUAACUUAAUAGAUGUUGUUUUACUCAAGACAGAGAAAGAUGAAUCUAACGUCAAGGGAAGUGGGUUUCAUUCAGCAAUUGAUUGGCUAACCAUUACUUGUGAGAAUAAUGAGAAUAAAUAUGAAGUAUCACGGCACAGAACUCUGAUUGGAGUACAAGCUCCACACUACGCAGCUGUAGAGCAGGACGGAGCUGGCUUGGUGAUAGCUUCUGACCAGCCCUUCAGGUUCAUGCAGAUUGAUGGGAAACCUGUAGAGGAAAAGAAAGUGGAGAAAAUGGACACGAGUGAAAAGAAAGUGUAUUAUUGGCAACAGACAGAUGAAGACCUGACUGUAAAUAUUCAGCUAAAAGAAAACACAACGAAACAGAACAUCGAGUUCCAUUUGUCAGCGGAUCACUUGCAUGUUGGAGUAAAAGGACAAGUCAUCUUCAUAGAAGGCCAGCUGUUCUCUUCAGUUGACCACAGUGAGAGCACUUGGACCAUUACAGAAAAUAGGUUAGAAAUUCUCAUGAUAAAGAAGAAUAAAGGAGUGAUGUGGCCAGAAGUAGUCAUUGGUGACAGAGGAGGUGAAUGCAUCGUGAAUCCUAGUCAAACAUCUGAACUGAAUGAACGUUUAUUAAACCUAACCUCUGAAGAACUGAAUGCAGAUCCUGAAAGAGGCAAGCAACCCUGCAAUGCUCAGGAGCUGGAAGAAUGUGACCGCUUCCCCGAGGAUACCUCCAGUUUAACACGAUUUGAUAGCAACACCCUGAAAGCAACACAUGUGGUGAAUCUGAGCAGCCAUCAGUACCUGUUCACGGCUGUGGUGAAUCCAGCCGAAAUGCCAUGCUUGUGCCUGCGCCAUGAUGUCGAUGCACUUCUGUGGCAGCCGCACACAAAACAAGAGGACAUGUGGGAGCACAUUGGGACGUUCAAUGCACUGGGCUAUGUCCAAGCAUCCAAGCGUGAGAAGAAGUUUGGCACUUGUGCUCCUGACCACUCGUAUGCUGCUCUGUGUGAAUGCUUCCGACGGGUCUUCAUCUAUCGUCAGCCCUCACCUGUCCAAACCGUGCUGUACAACCGAAAGGAAGCCAGGCAUGUAGGGCAGGUUGCCAAGCAGCAGGUUGCAAACUUGGAAACCAAUGACCCAGUAUUGGGCUUUCAAGCUACAAAUGAGAGGCUGUUUGUUUUAACAACAAAAACUUUGUUUGUAAUUAAAGUAAAUGCUGAUGGCCCUCAGUAAAACCAUUGCGAUAAUUCACAGGCUUUGGGACUCUAUGUAAAGCCAUUUGUUACAGUUCUAAUUUAGAUAAGCUUUCCAUAAUUACAAAACACAUGCUGUUAUCUGUUCAUGUAGCUCUGGUUAUCUGAAUUAUUACAGGCUUUAUUCCUUUCAGCAGAUCACUGCACAAAUGCAGCAGAUUGUGUUACUUAAAUUGCACAUCUUAGUGAUGCAUAAUUAAAAGUGGUUUCACACUUUGAAAUGCAAAUAUGAAGUUUCAGUUUGUGCACCAAAAAUGCUUUGUGUGCAACCCUGCUGCCUCAGAGUAGAGAAUAAUGUAUCUGUGGAGUCUGUACCUCUUCAGAGUAUGAUGUAUGGCCUCUCAAGACCCAGAGAUUAGUCUAGCUACUACUUGGGGCUGAAAAUUAAAAAAAACAAACUGCAGAUGCUGGAAAUCUGAAAUAAAACCAGAAAAUGCUAAAAAUUCUUAGUAGGUCAGGCAGAAGCUCGUGAAAGAGAAACAGAAUUAACAACGGAACUUUUGUAAAGGUAAUGCUGCACCUGUGCGUGCAAAUGUUGCCUGACUUGCUCAGCAUUACCAAUAUUUUCUGGUAUUCCUAUACUACUUGGAGCACCUCACAACUGGUAUACAUCACAGAUCCUUGAUUUUGCAAAAACUGUGACCCCCGUGCCCAUUAAGGACUAUGUCAGUGUCAAGCACCUUUCGCUACUUUUUAUAGCAAACAACAAUUAACUCAGAUUGGAUCAAUCAGAAGUGCGCUUAUUUUACUUGCUGAAAGGGAAGACCAUCACUGCAGAAGAGCUGGUGAUAGCUUUGGGGGAGAAAAAGGACCACAUAAUCACUCCUUUAUACCUAAACGUUAGCUUCAGUUCAAGGACAUCUGCAUAAUCAGUGUUCUUGGCAUUCUUCCAUUAACAUAAUCUGCUUGUCUUUCUGCAUUUUGUCAUAUACUCAAGAUCCAUCAGUAUAAUGUUGCAUGAACACAAUUAGCAAAGCACUCUGGUACAAUACAGGUUCCAUUUUGUUACUACAAGUAAAAUACAUUUUCACGUUCCCUCCUUUUUGUCAUUUCAUGACAACUCUACAUUUCACCAAAUACAGUAAUUGAAAUAUGUAUAUACGUAUAUAGCAAUGAUGCGGUUUCAAAGCUCUAAGUGUCUAAUAAUUCUCUAAGAAUUAUCUCUUUUUAUCCGUCCACUUCAAUGAAUACCCAUUCCUUUCUUUAAUAUUCUCUCCUUCAUCCUGUUAUUUCACACAAAACUCAUAAAAGAAUUAUCAAACAUUAUUAUAAUACCAAUAGUUAUACCUUUUGCCCUCCCUGGGCCUCCUGUCCCAUGAUCCUCUCAUAUUCCUUUUGCCCUCCCUGGGCCUCCUGUCCCAUGAUCCUCUCAUAUCCCUUUUGCCUCCCUGGGUCUCCUGUCCCGUGAUCCUCUUAUAUCCUUUUGUCCUCCCUGGGCCUCCUGUCCCAUGAUCCUCUCAUAUCUUUUUUGCCCUCCCUGGGCCUCCUAUCCCAUGAUCCUCUCAUAUCCCUUUUGCCAAUCACCUGUCCAGCUCUUGGCUCCAUCCCUCCCCCUCCUGUCUUCUCCUAUCAUUUUGGAUCUCCCCCUCCCCCUCCCACUUUCAAAUCUCUUACUAGCUCUUCCUUCAGUUAGUCCUGACAAAGGGUCUCGGCCCGAAACGUCGACUGUACCUCUUUCUAGAGAUGCUGCCUGGCCUGCUGCGUUCACCAGCAACUUUGAUGUGUGUUGCUUGAAUUUCCAGCAUCUGCAGAAUUCCUCGUGCUUAAGUUAUACCAUAGUACAGAAUAGUUGCCCACCAUCCUCCCAGCGCUUUGAAUGGUCACUAUCCUCCUCCCUGAGUAUAAUAGCAUUCUUUCUGCAUUGCUACUGUACAAACAGCCAUUAGUUCUGCCGGCAUCUUGGACGUAAUCAAGGGCAAAUGUAGUUUCAUUUGCUAACUUCUCCAAAGCUGAAGUUACGUUAAUCAGUUCCCAGGGCAAUCUCACAGUCCCACAUUCCAGAAAGGCCAUCAUUCAGAAUCUCUCUGCCUCUGUAAUGGAUCUUUGGUGCUGAGGAUGGUGAGGUAAUGAUGCCAACUGUCAUUUGUGGGGGACUAAUUAGGCAAGAUAACCAGCAGCCCUCCACUUCCCCUCCUACUCGGGAAACAUGCACGGCAACCACAUACCCAAUAAGUGCCAUUCAGCAGACACGGAGUAGUGAGAUUUGUCAAUUCCAUGCAUGUGCCUUUACUGCUGCUCAGAUAGAGGUCCUUGCCCUUUCAAGUGCAGUGACGGGUUAUCUGAUCAAUGCCCUUGGCCACUGUGCUGGACAGUUUCAUACUUAUUCUGGCUAUGCCAAUCAUGCUUAAAGUGGGGAACGUGCCAUCCAUUAAAGCGCUCAUAAUGGCAAUCCGUGUCUGUCCUGUCCUGCCCAUGCUGCAAGUCUCCCCUCUCCACGCUACUGAUGUUGUCCAAGGGAAGGGCAUUAGGACCCAUACAGCUUGGCACCGGUGUCGUCGCAGAGCAAUGUGUGGUUAAGUGCCUUGCUCAAGGACACAACAUCCUGCCUCAGCCAAGGCUCGAACUAGUAACCUUCAAAUCACUAGACAAACACCUUAACCACUUGGCCACGCCAAGUAUAUACCAAGACUUCAGUUAGUUCCAGCAUUGCCAGUACGAACAGGGCGAUCAGUGUGGUGUUGAGGGUUCUUGUUUUUAUUGGCUCACAGUGCGAGAUGUGUAUCCACGAUGGUUUCCCUCUUACCUUGAUAGCUAUAUUAGUCACCACCAGUACCCAGAAUGGUCCUUAAAACCGAGGUUUCAAAUAAUUCUUCCUCUUAGAUGUCCAGACAGCCAUGUAAUAUCCAGGCUCUACGUUGCGACACUUUGUGUCAGCCAUCGGUUGUUGUGCUUCCUUCACCUGUUGAUACUUGGUGCUACUUUUUGUCAAGAAUACACAUUAGGCCAACAUCCUUUCAUCCAAGUUAUGUAUGUCAGUUUACUUAACUCCUCGUGGUGCAUCAGACGUCAGGCACAAUGACUGUCCCAUUAUGAUUUUGUGGGGGAACAACUGAGUGGAUCUAUUGGCUGUGGCCCUAAUUGUCAUAAGGACCAAAGGUAAUAUGUUUCCACCUUAAUGAAGUUUCCUCAUACAUUUUACCAAGCUUGUUUUUAAUCAUUCCAUUCAUCUAUUGAGGUUGCCGACUGAGGAUGGUAGCUACAAUGGAAAUGUUGGCCAAUCUAUAAGGCCUUGCAUACUACUGUUACUUUCCCAGUAAAGUGUGUACUGUUGUUGCCAGACAGUGUCCAAGGGAUCCCAAACCUUGGGGUGAUUUCCUUCAAUAAAUAUUUAGCCACUGUAAUUGCAUCAUUCUUUCUACAAGGAAAUGCUUCAACCCAUCAUGGAAUAAAAAUAUCAAUAAUGAGCAAUGCAUAUUUCUAUCCUUCACACGGAGGUAAUUCUACAAAGUCCACCUGUAAAUACAAGAACGGUCCAUCAGGGGAUGGAGUAAGAUCUGUCCACCUUCACUAGUUUCCUUGGAUUUUAAUAAAAUACAUAUCAUACAUUGUUCACAAACUUGAUUUACAGCUUCCGAUAAACCAGGGGCAUGCCAUGUUUGAUUUGUACGAUCUAUCAAUCU